AUGAGUCCUCAGCAGCCCAUAUCGGAAAACCGACAACAGGAAUCCCAUGGUCGUAUUGGAUUGCUAUCGAGGACAUUGGUUCCAACCCCCACGAUCCGCUGGAUUUUGCCAGCACGAAUUCGAUCGCCGAUAAAAGAUGAUUAUCUUUGUAUAGGCAGAGACUUCAUCCAGCUUUGGGAGAUCGAGUCAGAGGUAAACAUCAAUCUAAUCGCGACGAAGCACGACUUUGAUGGCGAUAUCGGUGGCGCCAACAUUGUUGGCUAUUUCGACUCGUAUGAGAGCGAGUUCAGAAAAGAUUCAGAGGAAGCGAAAGACUGUAGCGAUGACUCUGAGGCGCCCAUGGGACCGCAAAUGUUGACUUUCACCCUGGUCAACUCUAACCAAUUGUACUUCUUGACGGCUUCGGGAAAGAAGAAUGGCGAAGUCAUCUUCAGGCUGUCGUGCAUACCGAUACCUAAGUUCACGAGUCCACCGCGGAUGAUCGGGAAUCCUGUGGCCGUGGAUCCACGUUCUCGAGCUCUGGCAGUGGCAGCAGGCGAACGCGACGUGUUCAUAUGUUACACCAAUCCCGCAUCACUGCUGAGUUUAGGAACACAACGUUGGGAUAACGGAUUCUUUCCUGUAUCGGAAGUUCGUAUUGCUCAUGUACAGGGUACCAUCUUGCUGAUGGACUUCCUCUACCCACCAAGUCACGACCAGGACCGUGUGGUACUGCUCAUGAUCGUCCUUUAUAGAGGAAUCGUGCGACCGACCUGGGCCGAGUGGUCAUAUUCUGAUGAACACAAAACUUCAGACAUGAGGUUGGGUCAACGAAUCUACUCAGAUUCUGAAUUACCCCACAUGUUGAUACCCCUCAAGGGGGAUGCAGCGUUCAUACUAGCCACUAAGAAAGGGAUAACGAUAUUUGAGCACAUCUUGACCACCGCGAUCUCGUCAAACCGUCAAGGCAUCGACAAGACAAAUCCUCCCCGGGACUAUCCGCCAAGCACUAACAAGCCGGCUUGGGCUCACUGGGUACGCCCUAGAAGAAAUGUUGAGUACGAAGAGGAGGACUAUAUUUACUUGAUAUCCGAGGACGGCAACGUCUAUUAUGUGGUCUUUACACAAGAGUCGCCAGCUGAGGGUGUUGUCAUAAACUCUGUCGGCAGCCUAAAAUGUCAUGUGGACUCGGCAUGUGCACCAUUUGGAAGGUCUGCUCAAGGCGACAUCCUAAUAGUCCAUGGUGCGUCCAGUGAAGGCUGUGUCUGGAUAAGUGACUGUCGACAGGCUCCUACUUCCUAUCUCGAGCCGAAUGGUGGUAUGCACGGUUACAUCGUGUCUCAAUCACCAAACUGGUCCGGCAACUUUGAUCUGAUCGCUAAAUCCACUUCACGCGGGAAACUGCUACCAAACUCGAGGGACACUCUCUUUGCGCCUAGUGGGCGACAACCAUACGGCAAGAUCACAGAGCUUCGAAUGGGUAUUGAGGCACGUAUCGAUCACGAAGUCAAGAAUUUCCAAUUCGGCGUCGUAUCUCAUGCAUGGGUGUUGCCAGUGGAGCAAGAAGAUGUGUUCCUCGUCAUGCUCUCCGGUCCAGGGCAGACACACAUUUUGUCGAUACCACAGUCUCCUGACGAUGAUCUUAUUCAGGCCGAACAGAUAGAACCAACCGGCCUCGACCUGCAACAUUCGACUCUUGCUGCAGCUAUCGUGUAUGGUUGCAUCCUCCAGAUCACUGAAUUUGCCAUUUGUUCCUGUCACGAUAGUGAAGACAGUUCGCGAAUCGAGCAGUGGCCACCAGGAUACAAAGCCGUCGCUGCAGCAAUCGACGAGAACCUAUGUCUUGCAGCCGUAGUAUUGCGCAAGGAUGCACGUUCAGAGAUACGAUUCUUCAAUGUCGAAGAGGCGGAACAUGAAACUGUCUCCACCUCAGAAAUCGGUAAGCCGACAGAAAUCGAAGACGAGGUGGUAUCCGUGGCCAUCCAUUCUACUACUUUCUUGACGUUUAUUGUUGCUGGCACUUCGGGCGGGGCUCUUCAUAUCUUCAGAGUCUCACCUAGGCAUGGGCUUGAACUUUACCUUGAGCAUGAGAUCUCGCACAAUGUCGAAAACCUAGAGGUCUUGAGCGCAUGCGAAGACAUCUUAAUUCUCGGCAAGCAGACGUUGGCCGGGCAGCCUGUUGGUCUUGUGGUUCUUUGUGGCUUACGAGGUGGAUCCAUCUACGCGCUAGAACUGCAAGCCAACCUGGACGCGACAAUCCAGAUCAAAUCACAACAGCAUUACAGUCUGGGUUUGACAUCAGUCAGGCUUAAACCAGGGAAAACCUAUUCGUCUGCAUUCGCGACUUGCGGUGACGGGCUCUUUAGCAUUAGUCUUAAAAGUACCAGGACAGACUCCCUGAGUAUCUCGGACAUUUACUUGACAGAUAAAGAACGUGGCUUUCAACAAGAGGCUAUUGCGGCUCUGUCGUUGGUUCCAUAUGCUGAGACAUCGACCAUAUCCGAGGCCCUUCUUGUGUUUUCGAACGACACUUGCUACGUUACAUCGAUAUCUCGGAGACGAGGUGUUGUCCCCAGAAAUAUUAGGGCUCGAGGAUCUCCUCAUACCUUGAUCGAGUGUAAGCAGUCGAACUUCCUCGUCAGCGCAGCUUCAUACGGCUGGUUGCGUUCGCCAACGACCAGGGCUGUCAGGGAUGUGGUUCAGUUCAGCUCGGGUAAUUGGAGCUGCACCUAUGAGAUGGACAUUGGUUUCAAGAUCUACGCCAUGGCGGAGUGGUCUGUGAAACGCCAUGUUGUCAUCGUGGUUGCUGCUGGACGACUAUCUCGGCCUGAAGAUGAAAUUGCUUCUAGGUCAGACAACGGAAGGCUCUACCUGCUCCAAUGCCCGACUGUGGGUGAGAGCGACAAUGUCGCAGUGCUUCUCAAGCCAUCGCUUUUUGACUCUCCUGUGACGGCAGUUGCGACUUACGGUGAGACUGGUAUCGUGGUAUGCUCGGGGACAAAGGUCUACUUCCUCGAAUAUGACACACAAGCUCCGAAAUUUAGGCUCAAGGAGAUAUGCAACUUCGUCAUGCACAGCCCUGGCAUUCGUGUGACCACGUCACCGCCCCACAUUCAUGUCACCACGGAGCUAGACUCGACGCUCACACUCCAGCUAGUGGCCAGUCCAACUGAUCCAUCUUCCAGGAGGCUGCAUAACGUCGCUCGGGGUGAUGGGGCACGGAUGUCGUCUAGUCAUACGACCAUCAAUGUUACGGAUGGUGACGAUAUUGCUUCGAGCUUUAACCUAACCAGCACGAUGAACUGCGAGCUGGUGGGUCUGCAGAUACCAGAUCCGAAUCGUCCACCUGCCAUCGCGACUCAUGAUAUUCUUUUCACUGCGAAGCUCACCCGAUCGGUCAUGCGCGUCGUGGAGGCCAACGUGCGACCACCUUGGAAGCCGGCAAAGGCUAAAGGUGUGCUCAAGGACGAUCUUGUGGGUAUCGCUACAGAUGGUACAAUCUACGGUUUCGCAAUCCUGGACGAACGUACAACCAACAGACUUCGAUGGGUUCAAAGGCUCUGCCAACGUAAUGCCGAAAUCUGCCCAUUCACCUUUAGUAAACCGCAGACGUUUACUCAGAAUGGGUUUACGAAGCAGAUACCAGUAACGCUGCCACCUCCUGGAUUUGACACCGCAUCCGAUAUCGACAUGUUUGCAAAUGAGAACACGGCCAGGAGAUCCAGGAGAUACAGACCUAGCGACAUGCACGUCGAUGGUGAUUUCUUGGUACGGUUGUUGGCUCAGGAUGGAGUUGAAUUGCUCACCUUGAUACUCGAUACCGAGGCGGCAAAAGAAGCCCACGACACCAUCUCGACUUGGGUCCGUGACAAUCUCGAGUCGCAGAAGAGGGAAGUGGAAGCGCUGAUUAGCGAGGCUGCAGCUGUCAUCGAUCGAUGGUGGUGA